UCACUUGAUAUCCAGCAACAAAAAAGUAUCUAAAAUGGCUGUUUCCACCACCACCACCACCAUCAACGACCUUCCCGACGUCCUCCUUUCCAACAUAAUCGCCGCCGUCUCCGAUGUCCGUACUCGCAACGCCGCCUCUUUGGUCUCUACAAAAUGGCUUCUUUUAGAGCGAUCCACUCGCACCGCCCUCACCCUACGCGGCAACGCUCGCGAUCUCUUGAUGUUACCUUCCUGCUUCCGAUCCGUCACCCACCUUGAUCUUUCCCUCCUUUCUCCAUGGGGCCAUCCGCUACUCUCCUGCACCGCCACCGCCGCCACCACCACCGAUCCCGCCCUCUUUGCCCACCUCCUCCGCCAGUCCUUCCCUAACGUUCAGUCACUCGUCAUCUACUCACGAAAUCCUUUUGCUCUUCAGCUUUUAGCUCCUCAAUGGUCGUCGCUUUCUGAGAUCAAGCUAGUCCGGUGGCAUCAACGGCCACCGCAGCUACCUCCCGGCGCCGAUAUCCUUCCGAUUUUGGAGAAUUGUAGAGAUAUCAACUCUCUGGAUCUCUCCAGUUUCUAUUGUUGGACUGAUGAUAUUCCUCCAGCCCUAAAAACUCACCCUCAAAUCGCAGCGAAGCUUACGUUUCUCAAUCUUCUUAAUCCAUCUUUUCCUGACGGAUUCAAAGCUCAAGAGGUGGAAGAAAUCUCUAAAGCUUGUCCGAAUCUCAAGAAAUUGUUGAUAGCUUGUAUGUUUGAUCCUAGGUACAUUGGAUUCGUUGGAGACGAAACCCUACUUUCGAUUUCAAUCAAUUGCCCCAAAUUAUCACUUCUUCAUCUCGCAGAUCCAUUGGCUUUGUUGAACGCUAGAACUGAUCCAAACACCCAAGGAUUUACACCAGACGACGCGAGCAUCACGGUUGCCACAUUGAUCGAGAUGUUCUCUGGACUUCCAUUAAUGGAGGAGCUCACACUAGAUGUUUGUAAUAACAUCAGGGACACUGCCCCUGCCAUGGAGAUUCUCAACUCCAGAUGCCCCAAAUUGAGGUCUCUGAAGCUUGGCAACUUCCAUGGCAUUUCGAUGCCAGUUGAAUCGAAAUUGGAUGGGAUUGCUUUGUGUCAAAGGCUCGAAUCAUUAUCGAUCAGAAACGUAGCCGACUUGACGGAUAUGGGUUUGAUCGCAAUUGCCCGAGGAUGUUCGAAAUUGGUCAAGUUUGAGAUUCAAGGCUGCAAGAACAUCACGGUUCGAGGAAUGCGGACUUUCGUUUGUUUGCUAAAUCGCACUUUGAUCGAUGUUAAGAUCUCGUGUUGUAAGAAUUUAGGUGCAGCUUCAUCGUUGAAAGCCCUGGAACCUAUCCAAGACCGGAUCAGGCGGCUUCAUAUCGAUUGCAUUUGGGAGAGUUUUGAAGAAUCCGAAAAUCUUGAUGAACUUGAAUACAGUUUCGUUCUUGAUGAACAAGAAGAAAGUGACGAUUUGGGUAACGAGAGGAAAAAACGCAAGCUCGAUUUCGAUCUGAAUGAUUCGAGCAACAGGUUUCAAGAAAAGACAUGGGAGAAACUCGAGCGUCUAUCGCUUUGGUUUUCCGUUGGCGAGUUUUUGACACCGUUAUUAUCAGCAGGACUAGAAGAUUGCCCAAAUUUGGAGGAGAUUUGCAUAAGAGUGGAAGGAGAUUGCCGUCAUUUGUCAAAACCCAAACAACGGGAAUUUGGGUUGCGAUCACUCGCUUUGUACCCGAAACUAUCGAAGAUGCAAUUGGAUUGCGGCGACACGAUUGGGUAUGCGCACACGGCCCCGUCGGGCCAGAUGGAUCUCAGCCUAUGGGAACGGUUUUAUCUCUUCGGGAUCGGGGCUUUGAACCUGGACGAACUCGAUUACUGGCCACCACAAGAUCGAGACGUUAACCAACGGAGUCUUUCCCUGCCGGCCGCAGGGUUGCUCCAAGAAUGUCCAAUGUUGCGGAAACUGUUUAUCCACGGAACGGCUCAUGAGCAUUUUCUCAUGUUCCUUUUGCGGAUACCGAACCUAAGAGACGUUCAGCUCCAAGAAGAUUACUAUCCUGCCCCCGAGAACGACAUGAGUACCGAGAUGAGAGCAAACUCAUGUAGUCGUUUUGAAGACGCAUUGAAUAGGCGUCAAAUCGACGAUUAAAAAGUAGCAAAGAAAAUCAUGCUUUGUGUAUGUCCAAACAAUUCACAAGUUUUCAUGGCAUGAUGUUAUGUUUCA